AGAAAAAAUAAAAAUAAAAAAGACAUCUUGGACUGCUAUAUAUUAAGGCGAUCUGGUGGUAAUAAGGUGUAUCUAUCAAUCCUCCAUCAUGGCAAUGGCAGGAUUAAGGCUUGUUUUAUUAUGUUGUUUCGGGUUGCUUCUGGUGUCCACUCAUGGAGAUCUUCAACGAUUUGACCACCCAGCAAAAAGUGAUGGUUCUCUUAGUUUUCUGGUCGUCGGAGACUGGGGUAGAAGAGGUGCUUUUAACCAGUCUCGAGUGGCUCUUCAGAUGGGAAGGAUUGGAGAGAAGCUGGAAAUAGAUUUUGUGGUAUCAACAGGGGAUAAUUUCUAUGAUAAUGGACUGACUGGUGAACAUGACCAGGCAUUUGAGGAAUCCUUUAAGAAAAUCUACACUGCAGACAGCUUGCAGAAGCAGUGGUACAGUGUUUUGGGCAACCAUGACUACAGAGGCAAUGCAGAAGCACAGUUGAGCCCUUAUCUGAGGAAAAUUGAUACCAGAUGGCUUUGUUUAAGGUCUUUUAUAGUCAAUGCUGAAUUGGCUGAAAUGUUCUUUGUGGACACCAAUCCAUUUGUCGAUGCCUACUUCAGUAAUGCGGAGGGUCACACCUACGACUGGCGGGGCAUCUCCUCUCGCCAUUCUUACAUUUCAAAUCUUAUGAAGGAUCUAGAAUUGGCAUUAAGCAAGUCAAAUGCAAAAUGGAAAAUUGUUGUUGGUCAUCAUGCAAUCAGAAGCAUUGGGCACCAUGGAGACACCCAAGAACUUGUAAAUAAGCUUCUUCCAGUCCUCAAGGCCUAUAAUGUUGAUUUUUACAUGAAUGGACAUGACCAUUGCCUAGAACAUAUCAGUGACACAGAGAGCCCAAUACAAUUUUUAACAAGUGGAGCAGGAUCUAAAGCAUGGAGAGGAGACCUUAAAGAAAUGAAGAGAGGAGGUCUUAAAUUUUUCUAUGAUGGCCAAGGUUUCAUGUCAGUGCAAUUGACUCAGUCUGAAGCAGAGGUUGCAUUCUAUGACAUUUUUGGCAAUGUGUUGCAUAGAUGGAGUACAACCAAGUUACUUUACCAAUCAAUAUAAUACCCAACUUGUAUUAGCAUGGGUUACAGAAAGAUAAGAUGGGAGAAAUGUUUUUCCCAAAUUUUAAAGCAUGAUUACCAUUGGUUUCUGGAUUUAGCCUAGGGAAGGUUGUACUUUUGUAAGAUGUUCUUAAUUCUUCUGUCAUCCCAAUUGAGAAAUGAAAAUGAUAUGGUUUAUAUACA